AUGAACAAAGUACCGAAUCCGUUGAAAUUCAACCAAGCUGUGUUUGACUUUGCACUGCAUCCGACCGAUGAUCUGGUAGCCACAGGAUUGAUUAACGGCGAGAUUCAUUGCUAUCGUUAUGGAGUGGAAGAACAUCAAAGUAUUUGGACAGCCAAACCGUUUAGAAAGUCCUGUCGAGGAUUGGAAUUUUCUCCGGAUGGAAAUGGUUUAUAUGGUAUUUCCAAAGACAGAUCAAUUCAGUUCAUGGAUACCGCCACAGGUCAAUUGAUCCGAAGCAAAACCGAAAGUCAUGAAAAUCCAUUAAACGUACUGUUAUGUCUCAAUGAACGUUUGUUGGCCACCGGUGAUGAUCAAGGAAUUAUCAAGCUCUGGGAUAAUCGUGAUGGCUAUUUAUCAACAUGGGAUAUUCGUAAACCUGAUGUCGCGGCCAUGUCAGACAAUAUGGAAGAUGAGCUUCUGUCCGUAGCUCUGGUCAAGAAUGGUCGCAAGGCAGUGGUAGGAUCUCAAGAAGGAGUUUUGAGUUUAUGGUCAUGGGGUGAUUGGGGCGAUUACAAGGAUCGUAUCAUUGGCCACCCGAACUCCAUCGAUGCUAUUUGUAAACUGGACGAGGACACCAUCUGCACCGGAAGUAGUGACGGCCUCAUUAGGUAUGAAAAAAAGAGCUAA